GUUCUAGACCAUUUCAUAAUAUGGAGAUCAUUAAGUCUAGUGAGGCAUUUAAACAUGUUGACGGCAAACUUGAAUCGACUGCGUGCAAGGCAUUGUCCGAGUCGACGACGUCCUGUACUUCGGAAAGUGGAAAAUUCGGCAGCAGCCACCUGCUGAUUUCUCUCAGCUUGACGCUGUCAAAAAUGUUGGAAACGGAUGACAGAGAGCCGGAGAUGAAGCCCUCUUGGACGGUGGCGACAGGGCGGAGCUGUUACGUCAAAAGACCAAGUCUGUUUGACUAUGCCGGUACAGCAGACCUCGAGAAACGAAUCUUCCGCGAAGUUGAGACGUGCGAAAUGCUCAAACAAUAUCGCCAUCCGAAUCUCGCCUUCUACUAUGGUGUCCAAGAAACACGAGGACGAGUGUCAGGCCUCUGUUUCAAGCAAUACGUCUCGACGUUGCUUGACAAAGUCAAUCCUCAACACUUGAACAAAUCUGACUUCCUGCUCAGCGAACGGCCGCUUGUCAACAAUAAAAUGAAGGCGCAGCUGGACAGGAUACUGGGGGGUAUCCAGCACCUUGAUUCACUUGGCCUCGUCCAUAACGACAUCACGCCAGCUAACAUCAUGCUGGAGGAGGACGGUACAUGGGUCAUCAUAGACUUCGAUAGUUGCCGGCAUGUUGGGGACGGACUUCGUAACACGGAUACUAAGAGGACCUACGGAUGGCACGACCCCAACGUAACGAUCGCCUCAGAAAAGAAACGACCUCGACGCCUUUGCUGAGUUGAGGACCUGGCUUUUCGGGUCAUUGGCUGGUGAAUUUCUGUUUUCACAAAAAUGAUUCGUCACUGCUAUAUACUGCUUACAUGCUUAAGCUCUGUUAUGGCCAAUGCCGCUCCCAUCAGCCACAGCCGUAUUGUAGAAAG